CACAAUCGCAGCUCAAACGGUGCGCAAUAGGUUUCGGCUUGCUAAAAAAUUCGAAUUUCACUUCGAGUUUUACACUCUUUAUUUGGACGACGUAGAUACACUCAUUUUCAAGGUCGUUUCAGCAAUCAAUAGCAGAGUUAUUAGAGCUUCCGGAUUGUUUCUCUGAAGUACUACCAGCAAAAUGUCAACUCCCGUUGGUCCGGAGCCCUGCAACGUGGUCUGCCCCAGUUGUCGCCAACAGGUCACCACCCGUAUAGAGCCGAAGGCCACCACCAAGACGCACAUCAUAGCUCUGAUCAUGUGCCUCACCUGCUGCUGGCCCUGUGCUUGCUGCCUCUACUGCACCCAAUGUGCCCGGAACGCCGACCAUCACUGUCCAUCCUGUAACGCUUUUAUUGGCACCUACGAGCGUUAAGGAACUUAUAGCAGAAGUCGUUGCUUUUCCGUGGUCUGCGGCCAGCAGCCGUGACGAAAUGCAAUCCAAACCAUCUUUAAACUCCGUUGUUACCUCUCUUACAUUCCUUAAUACGCAAUAUUUUGAUAGCACGCAAAACAUUGUUGUACCAACUUAAGCUUUUGUAUCCUUAGCACAGCAAUAAAAAGAUUCAAGGAAGAAA